GCGACACAGCACAACUUCACCUUCACCACACCCAAUAUGGCCACCUCAAGAAGACCGGAAAAGCCAUCGGCGGUACCCUCAGAUCUCAUCCCGUCCUCAUCGCCAGCGUUCGGAACGCCGGUUCAUCCCAUCAAUCCCCGCAGGACUGCCCCCAUACGCGCCCCGCCUGCACUCAAGCCAGUCGGCAAGUCCACUGUUCUUCCUAUACUGCUUCCGCCAGCAACGCUACGACCGCUCGCAUUUCGAACGUUUACCAAAAAGCACAACCUCACCCUCACAUCUUCCGCCCUCCAAGCACUAGCAACCUUUGUAGGAAAGCACUGUGGUUCGGGAUGGAGAGAGGAAGGCCUGGCCGAAAAGGUCUUGGAGGAGAUCGCCAAGAGCUGGAAGAAGUGUGGUGGUCAGGUCAUCGUUGAGGGCGACAAUGAGACGCUCAAGGGCAUACUCAAGACCCUCGAAGGCUCAAUGAGCGGAGGAAGGGUGGUCCAAGGCUCAAAUCUGGGCAGGCAAAGCAGCUUCAACUUUGGGCCUGAGAUAGCCGGCCAGAUGAAUCGCCCGAGUAUUGACACCAACAACAGCUUCGGCAUGUCUAGCCUGGAAGUAGAGGACAAGGACGAGGAAGAAGAUCUGUUAAAAGAUCCACGAGAGUGGAUGAAGGUCAUUGGUGCGUUCGAGCAGCCAAAGCUGAUAUACAAUGCCACUCAGAAGCACUUUGAGAAGUCUGCCAAAAAGCCAUCGCUGUUUCCAGAUCCCUCACACAAGACUGAGCUCUUCCGUCAACGCUACCACAUCGUACACCAGCGCAUACUCCGCAACGAGACGUUCCAAGCACCUACCUUCUCUACGGCCCGUUCUGCUACUCUCAGCCGGACGGGAUCGAUUGCGACAUCACAGAUGAACAGUAUCACCCCAAUUGCCAAUUUGCUUGGUCGAACCGGAAGCACGCAUUUGCUGCUAGGCAUGCUCACAGUCUCGGCCACUGGUGCGCUGUCACUCUCAGACCUCACAGGCACAAUCACGCUAGACAUCCAACACGCCCGCCCAAUCCCCGAGAAUGGCGCAUACUUCGCACCAGGUAUGAUUGUUCUGGUCGAAGGCAGCUACGAAGAGGAUGCCGGAGCUACGUCAACUCUGGGAGGCAGCGGCGGUAUUGGUGGCACAAUAGGCGGCAAGUUCCUUGGCUUCUCGGUCGGACACCCUCCCAGUGAACGCAGAACAGCAACUUUGGGCGGCGCCGAAGAGGUCGACAAGAACAGCUUGGCUGGACCAGCGUUCGGAUGGACAGACUUCUUAGGCGUUGGUUCUCAGCGUGCAACCAGCACCCGUAUGAACAAGAUCGCAUCAAAGCUUCUGGAUCAAGAAACAGCACACAACAUCGUCAUUGCCUCAGAUCUUCACUUAGACGUUCCGUCGACAUUAUCAGCCCUGCGUACCCUCUUACGCACAUACACACCCGAUCCCACCGACGCCCACCCGGUCUACCCCCUCGCUAUCAUCCUGAUGGGAAACUUCAGUUCGAAAGCCAGUCUUGCAGGCGUACCAGGGACAGGCAGCAUAGAGUACAAAGAGCACUUCGACGCACUUGCCUCCGUCCUCGCCGACUUCCAACCUCUCAUCGCCCACACCACCCUUGUCCUCGUCCCCGGCGACAACGACGCCUGGCCGAGCGCAUUCUCCGCCGGCGCCGCUACACCACUCCCACGGAAACCGAUCCCCACAAUGUUCACAAGCAGGAUCAGGAAGGUAGUAGCCGAAGCGAAUCGCGAAAUCUGGGGUGCAGGCAAAGCAAAAGGCAAAGAAGGAGAAGUAAUCUGGACAUCCAACCCCUCGCGCCUGAGUUGGUUCGGCGUGAAAGGCGAGAUGGCGAUACUACGAGACGACGUGGCCGGCAGGCUGCAAAGACAGUCGAUCAGAUUCAACAAGCCGCCUCCCGAUGUAGACGACGAGAUGCCAUAUGCACCAAGUCAUCAACAGCAAGAAGCAGAGCAGCAGGAUGCUAUGGAUCUUGAUCUCAGGAUGCCGCCACCCAGGCCACAGCAACAGCAAGCAGACGUCGAUGUCGAUACACAAACAGCGCGUGCGCUUACGCGGACUAUACUCUCGCAAUCGCAUCUCAGUCCCUUCCCGCUUUCGGCGCGGCCGUUACAUUGGGACUUUGCUCAUACGCUGAAUCUUUACCCGCUGCCGACGAGCUUGGUGUUAGCGGAUAGCGAGGCGCCUGCGUUUGUGGUGAAGUACUUUGGCUGUACGGUCAUGAAUCCGGGGAGUAUAGAUGAGAGCGGUGGGAGGGGAAGGAGAGAAGGAAGAGCGAGGUGGGUGGAGUUUGAUAUCAAGACUUCUGCUGGUACUGUGAGGACGGAGGGAUGAUGUUAGAUAAUAUGAAUAUUUACGAUUUUCUUUCAAUCGGCGUUGCUGUCUCGUGCACACAAGGAGUACAGACUACAUGGAUGCACUUUGCUGCCUUUUCACGCACAGGGAUACAGAUGCAAUGCUUUCUGAGAUGUAGAGUAUGCAACGCAAG